UUCAAUGUGGCCUAAGUACCGCAUGUUCUUUUUGUCAGGAGCAUUGUUGAUUCCAGAACAACGAUAUGGGUUUUCCGAGAGGACGAGGCGGUGGAAGAGGAAGUUUUAGAGGUGGUGGAGGGCGCGGAAGAGGGAGAGGUGGCGGAUCAUACUAUGAUGCAGGACCUCCGGAAAAAGUUGUUGAAAUUGGACAUUUUCUGCAUCCUUGUGAGAAUGAACUGGUCUGUAAAUGCACAAAUGAAAGUGUUCCUUACUUCAAUGCACCAAUCUACCUUGAAAACAAAUCACAAAUCGGAAAAGUCGAUGAAAUAUUUGGACCAAUGACAGACUUCUAUUUUUCAGUAAAACUUUCAGAAAAUAUGCAUGCAUCCUCAUUUAAAAGUGCUCAAAAGUUCUACAUUGAUCCAUACAAGCUCCUGCCUUUAUCAAGAUUCCUACCAGGUCCAAAAGGUGCUGGUCGAGGCAGCGGUCGAGGCGGCGGUCGAGGAACACCAAGAGGAGGAACACCCAGAGGUGGGAGAGGUGGUAGAGGUGGAAGAGGUGGUCGUGGUGGCUUCACACCACGUGGUACAGGUUUCAGCCGUGGAGGGCGUGGAUUCAAUCGCGGUGGAGGAAGAGGUUUUGGACGUGGCAGAUAGAUUGGGCAGUAAAUCAAGCCAUUUCAAGCUCAAAUUUUUAUAUUUCUGAAGCUGAAGAAGAGACAGCAACACGAAAAAUGUUAAUUCUUUUCCAAGUAAACUUGUCUUAAACUUUUGAACAAGCAAUCUUUCUUUUUUUAUCACAUCCCUUUCUUGGUAACCGAAAUCCCUCUUGAUAGAUACCUCUUGUUAGGUAGAAUUACCACAGGAUUUUUAGAGCCAAGGUGCCAGGAGAAUAAGGGUGGGGGCAGGGGGUACCUCCCCACUAGAAUAAACCAUUCUUAAAUGUUUUUGAAAUUUUGUAUCUGUUUGGCUGACCAAUAUUGGUUGCUAAUAGAAAAUUAUGCAAAUUUCAAAGAAACUUAUCAGCACAAGUGAGAGUUUGCAAAGAAAGAUUAGACAUGGAGAGUUUUGUUAUGCUAGUCAAAUCAAUGAGCAAAUCGAAUUUACAGUCUGCCAGUCCAAAUCUUUAGACUUUGUGCAAGAUAAUUGCAACCUUACCAUUUGCUAUACCAAAUACGAGCUCACCUUUUUAGUGCUCAAGUUUGUAAAAACAGCCUUCGGUCAAAAGUUAGCCAAGAGGGGUUCAAUUUUCCAAAAUGAUAACCAAGUUUGAGCCUUAGUUAUGAUGAAGUAAUUUAGGAACAUACUGACACACUAUUGCUAAGGAAACUUUUGAUGAACUGAAAAUCGUCCAGUUCAUUUUGUUAGAUUUUUAUGAUACUAGUUACAAAUCCUAUUUUGUGCAUUACUUUUAAUUACAAGUACUGAUUAUUGAUGAUUGCUAUGAAACAAAAUUUGAAAACAGA